AUGUCUCAGAACAUUAUUUUGCGCAACGGAUCAGUUAUAGUUCACGACGAACACGACCGUGUACAAGUUCUGGACAACUGUGAUGUUCUGAUCUCAAAUGGUUUCAUUGAGCAAGUCGGAAACAAUAUCUCCCCUGCCAAGGAUACUGAUAUUCUAGACUGCACCGACAAGAUUAUCAGCCCUGGAUUUGUUGACACCCACCAUCACUUAUGGCAAACACAGCUGAAGGGAUAUGGCUUGGAUAACACCUGGCUGGACUACUUCUCAGAUGAUCUCCUCCAGUCUUUUAAUUAUUCUCCAGAGGACAGUUACUGGGGUCAACUGGCAGGCUGCUUGGAAGCACUUGAUGCUGGGACGACCUUUGUCCUUGAUCACUGUCAUGGAUGUCGCACUCCGGAGCAUGCCGACGCAGCUAUAACAGCGUUCGCUGAUUCUGGUAUCAGAGGUGUAUUUGCAUAUGCAGAGACAUUUCUCAACCUCGCCAAGUGGGAUUCCGACUCCAUUAUUCCUCAACCAACAUCGAUAUCCGAUACAUAUAUACAGCACCUAGAGCAUCUCGCUCAAAAAGGCCCAUUAGCUGACGGGCGUGUUACAGUCGGUGUUGCAUUUGACAAUUACCAUCUACCUCGACAUGAAGUAGAGAAACUGUUUCGCCGAGCGUUCAAGGCUGGUGUGAAGCUCAUCACAUCGCAUUGUGGAAACUUUGGGCCAUCCGUACCUCAAGUUCUAGAAAGAUAUUCACUCUUCCCUAAACCAGAAGAUGAUCAUGCCAUCGUUCUGUCUCACGGGAACUACCUCGAUAAAACGGACUUGACUAUGCUUUCUCAACGACAGGUUCCACUUUCUUGCACUCCAGCUACAGAAGCCCAAGGAUCUAUGGGAUGGCCUCUCUUGUUCGAGCCUGGGCUAAACACCUCUUUAGGCGCAGAUUGCCACUUCUUGAACUCUUCCAGUCUUAUGCAGGCAGCACGCAACGCCCUUCUCUUGGUUAGACUCCAAAAGACACUUGAGCUCAAGCCUGAGGGUAGGAAGCCAGUCAAGUUUGAUGAGACGACCUACGAUGUGUUCAACAAAGCCACAAUCCAAGGCGCCAGGGCUGUUGGAAUGGAAGACCAAAUCGGCUCUAUUGAAGUCGGUAAGAGAGCGGAUAUUGUAGUCUUUACUAGAACUUCGUCACUGUCUUUUGGAACUGCUGCGAGACAGAACCCAGUGGCAGCUAUCAUGGGAUAUAGCGAGCCUCGCGAUAUUGAGGCUGUUUUGGUCGGUGGUGUGUUUCGGAAAAGAGCGGGAAUGCUUCUUCCAAUUUUGAGAAACGGGAAAACCGUAGGACUUGAUUCCAUCAUGUCGGAGGUUCGCCGCAGUCAACAGGCAAUUAGGAAGAGGCGGGAUGCUUGCAAUUUGGGUCUAUCCAGAGAUCUGGUUGAACAAAUCGCAACUCCGAGGUAG